AUGCUACUUGACGCAGAGGCUACCACUCAUCUUAAGCCAUGGCUUGUUAGGUCAUUGGAACCAAUAUGUGAUGCCGAACCUGGAGCUCUGGCGGACUACAUUCUUGCACUGCUGAAGCACAACGCCCCAGAGCCCGAGCUGCGCCAGGAGCUAAACGCUCAACUAGAGGAGUUCUUGGAGAAGGGUACGUCGCACGCACAGGUCUCUGAGCAGAACGUACUUAUGGGAGCCCCAGAAACGUCAAGUUUCAUCGAGACACUCUUCACUGCUCUCAGAACCAAGUCAUACCUCCCCUACUCGGCUACCUCACCCCCAUCAGGCACAGAUACGUCGUCUAGCAUCGCCGUACCCGACAGCGGAAUCCCUAUUCCUCUUGAUGCUCUCAUGACCUCCUCUGAAGGCGACUCACCCGAUCGAAGACGAAAACGCGGCCUCGAAUACGAUGAUAGCGACCUUAGGCCGUCUAAAGGUCCCCGGUUAAACGACGAUGGGCAGUAUCCACGACCUAGCCGAGGUGGCUUCGGUGGUCGAGGUCGCAUGAUGAUUUCCGGCCGAGCGGAUUACAUGGACGGAGGGAUGAACGGCGCGAUGGAUAUGGGUAUGGGUGGCGGAAUGAUGAAUGGACGAGGGGCAUAUCGUCCACCAGACCGGGGCAGGGGUAUAUGCCGAGAUUAUCACAAUAAUGGCUAUUGUGCACGCGGCGCGUUCUGCAAGUAUAGUCAUGGCGAAGACGCUGUCGUACCGGGACAGCUGUUCCCGAUGAACGGCAUGCCCGGCGGGUCAUAUCCAAUGAUGGGCACGGGUGACAUGGCUUUCCAGAUGGCAGGAGGUGCCAACGCGCCACGAAAACGCGGCCUCGAAUACGAUGAUAGCGACCUUAGGCCGUCUAAAGGUCCCCGGUUAAACGACGAUGGGCAGUAUCCACGACCUAGCCGAGGUGGCUUUGGUGGUCGAGGAGAGCGCGGAGGUCGCAUGAUGAUUUCCGGCCGAGCGGAUUACAUGGACGGAGGGAUGAACGGCGCGAUGGAUAUGGGUAUGGGUGGUGGAAUGAUGAAUGGACGAGGGGCAUAUCGUCCACCAGACCGGGGCAGGGGUAUAUGCCGAGAUUAUCACAAUAAUGGCUAUUGUGCACGCGGCGCGUUCUGCAAGUAUAGUCAUGGCGAAGACGCUGUCGUACCGGGACAGCUGUUCCCGAUGAACGGCAUGCCCGGCGGGUCAUAUCCAAUGAUGGGCACGGGUGACAUGGCUUUCCAGAUGGCAGGAGGUGCCAACGCGCCGUACAACCCGCACGAACGGAUGGAUAUGCGUCCGAUGGUUGGUGGAAGUAUGGGCAUGGGCACCGGCAGGACCCCACAUACGCGGACGCCGAUGCUCUCUCGACACGGCGACGUGAACAGCACCAUGGCUGGCAAGCCUGGUGAGCUACCAGUAAUACAAGACCUGACUCCUCGAACGCCAGAGAAGGAGGAGACACAGCAGGCUCAUGUUACCAGCUCGACGAAUGGUGCCAUGCAGGGUAUCGAAGGGCCGGCAGUGCGAGACUUGAGUCUGCCCAUGAAUCCCACGACAAUGAAUCCCAUGGCUGGCUUGCAGAACACUUUCCCUCGUCAAAGAAAUGGCCCAAUGGCGCCGAAGGGCACGUUCAGGGAGACGCCAGGCUUCCUUGGCGAACGUCGACAAGACAAGACGCUGGUAGUAGAGAAGAUUCCCGGGGACAAGCUGAGCCUGGGCUCCAUUAACGACUGGUUCAAGCGCUUCGGGACGGUUACAAACGUUGCGGUCGAUGCCUCUGGCGCGAAGGCUUUGGUCAGUUUCUCCACCCAUGAGGAGGCGUAUGCGGCUUGGAAGUCAGAAGAUGCUGUCUUUGGAAAUCGUUUCGUCAAGGUCUUCUGGCAUCGGCCAAUGGAGGGACAUGGUCGGGUUGGCGCUCGUAUGCUCGCAGCUUCCGCACCUCUUGUCGCCAAAGUCGCAAGCAAGGAGACUCCCCAGGCUCCGAAACCUGCUGCACCUGCACCUGCACCCGCCGCCCCUGCGAACGCGGCUCCCCGUAAACCCGCCCCGUCAUCCGCCGUCUCGGCGCUUGCCGAAAAGCAGAAGCUGCUUGAGAAGCAGAUUGCCGAGCAGAAGUCACUCAUGGAGCGGCUGUCGACUGCUUCGCAGGAGGAGAAGAAGGAGAUUAUGGCGCGCUUGCGCAAGCUGAACGAGGAGAUGAAGCCCUCGCCGCCGGAGUCGUCACCUGCUGGGCAGCCCUCAUCGGGCAAGGGUUCGCCUGGCUCGACGCCGCGGACGGAGGAGCAGACGCAGAAGGAGCGUGAACGUCUCGACAAGGAGCUCGAUCUGCACUACGCCGCAACAGCCACAGAGGGCGAGGGAGAAGAGAGCACCGAGGAGCUCAAGGCGCGCUUAGAGAGGCUCAAGGCUGAGGCAGCAAGCUUGGGUAUCUCAACGGAUGGCUCUGAAGGGGCACCAUCGUACGGUGGAGGCGCGUACCGCCCGUAUCGUGGACGCGGCAGGGGCGGACGAGGCUUCUUCCGUGGUGCCAUGCGAGGUGGUCCACCGCGCACGAGCAUGAAGCUCGACAACCGCCCGAAAAAGCUGCUUCUUAAGGGUGCCGGUAGCGAUCAGUUGCAGAGUGUGCGGGAUUGGUACGAGACUGCUGGGCAGGUGGAUAGUGUGGACAUCGCAGACGAUGGUGACCUCUUGGUGUCCUUCAAAUCUCGUGCCGCUGCCGAACAAGGGCUGGCGAAGGGCACAAACAUCCCCUCGGUCGGCUCGGUCCAGGUAUCUUGGUACAUCGGCCAACCCCCGAACAUGACGAAUACGCAAAAGGUACCACCAGCAUCCGUCGACCCCCCUGCUGGCGGCGAAGAGCACUCAGAGCCGCGCCCCACGUCGCCUGUGCACGAUGAUACACACAUGCCAGAAGAGGAGAUGGUGUCCAGCGGUUGGGGAGGCGUUGACGACGCCGGCGACGAUUUCGAUUUUGGCAUGCUUUGA